GUGCGGAUGGAGCCCCCGGCUUCCGGGAGACCUCCCGAGCACCCAGCCCGCUCUGGUCCCCGGAACUCCCUGAUCCUUCAGCCGCCCAUGGAGCUGGGCCGCCCAGCCGGGGCCCAGAAAGACCCCAGGGAAGCACCGGGGCCAGACGGGACCCUGGAUGCCCGCUGCCUUCCCCAAGGAAUUCAGUCCCCGAGCACCAGUCAAUUGCUGGAGGAGGAUCAGGACUCUCUUCAGAAGCAUUUCCUGUCAGAGGAGAACAUGGUUUCCCAUUUUUCCCACCUCAGCCUGGAAAAUGACCACCCUUACUGUGGCCCGUCAGUAGCUUUCUCCAUGGGCACUCCAGCCCCACCUGUGACCAGGCCUUUGGAAGACUCUCUUCACUCGACUGAGGAUCUUUGGGUCCUCUGCCCCAGCCUCCUGCUGGCCCUGAAUCCCCGCUCAGGGCUACUCCUCUGGCAGUACCCAGGAAAUCAAAUCCCAGAAACCCUUCGGCUGCUGAGACUGGGGGGCUCCCAGGUAUACCAAACCCCCCAUAGUGGGGAGGCAAUGGAGCUCUGAACCUUAAGCAACUGCCCCUCUCCCUCAGGAACUCAAGCCUCUCAGUGCCCCCAACCUCAACUCCAUGAGCUGGAAAUGGGCAGAAUCUGGCCUUCUCUGGAAACCAUAGACUCAAAAGACCAAAGAGGGUCUAGACACCCAUAUAUUGUCCACCGAAAUAGAGAAGAGCACUCUCAGAUUGGACAUAGGUCUGUUUUACACACACACACACACACACACACACACACACACACACACACACACACGUUGGUGGAGGAAAUAGAACCACAGACUGUCCCCUGUGAGAAACAUAGGGUUAGAAACAUCUUAGGGGGUGGGGUGGCUCCCAUAACAGGGGGUCUUUGUGAAAGCAAAAUAAAGAUUGGUGGGCAAUAAAAA